AUGGUGAUUGUCGCGCAUGGCUCGAGCACGGCGAGCACGAGUUUGCUCCUCGAACGCGCCGAUUUGAGUCGACCGAUACCGGAGAACGCGCGAAAAUUGGCGCAAUUGGUCGAGUACGAUGAGAGCCGCGUCGAGAUGGGAUCGCACUCGGUGUUCGUACGAGAAGCUCGCCCGCCGGGCGCCCACUACGCGAAAGCCGCCAUCGUCUUCCUGCACGGUCAAUCAUUCUCAUCGAGCACGUGGCUCGAGAACAAUCUACUACGGACGUUCGCCGCGCUCGGCUAUCGCGCCAUCGCCAUCGAUUUGCCGGGAAGCGGUCAGACGCGCGGCGUCGCGCUGACGCCAUCGCAGAAGCCCGCGUUUCUCGUCGAUUUUCUCGAGACGCUCAACCUGACGAAGGUGAUGCUCGUGUGCGCCAGCAUGGCCGCCCAGUACGUCCUACCAUUGAUGGCGUCGUCGAACCAGAUAUCGUGCGUGGUGGCAAUUGCGCCAUCCAACACCCAUGAGGUGGUGAAUCCGUCGAUCUACACAACACCAACAUUGGUGCUAUGGGGCGAUCGCGACACAUCGCUGGGUCCCACAGCGGCGUCGAAUCUCAAACACUUGCCGAACGUUCGCCUUCAGAAGGUGCCGUCGGCAGGCCACGCGUGCUACCUCCACAAUCCGUCGUUCUUCGAGGACAUCUGCGUCAAUUUCUUCGAGCUCAUCCGAAAUUAUCAUCGCUAG